GGCCACAGAAAAUGAGCUGGGGAACUGCUCUGUUCCUAGGGUCCAGUUUACCCACUCCUGCUUUUUUAAAGUAUUGGAGACUUCCAUUUUAUUGAUGCUGUGCAAUAUAUUUGCAGAAGAAGCCACCCUAAUUACAUCAGUGUCCAUCAUGGCAGUUGGGCACUAAGACCCUUUGUAUAAAACCACUUUUAUACACUUUUUUUUAUUUUGUAUGUUGACGUUUUCCCUAGAAUAUACAAACGUUAAUCCGAUGCACACCCACCCCAGAAAAUAAUGUUGUGCCUUCUCCAAAGCUCAUUCCCAUAAAAUGUAUUUGCAUUUGCUUCGGAUCCCAACAUCAUUAUUAUUAUUAUUAUUAUUAUUAUUAUUAUUAUUAUUAUUAUUAUUAUUAUUAUUAUUAUUAUUAUUAUUAUUAUUAUUAUUAUUAUUCAAAACAAACGAAAGACACAUUUAUCAGAGGUGCUCGCCUGCUUAGUAAUACCCAGCUCUCUCUCUAAAACGUUCACUUUCAUGAAAGUCUCGUCUUCGUUUCCUAGUAUCGUCUCGGUUUCCUUUUCUCAUAGGUUUCCCCAAUGACUUUUGGACACGGUUUCUUGAAUCCUAAACUUCCACCCGGGUCGGUUUCGGUUUUUGCUAUUGCGAAGUCGCAAAGGGGAGGGAGACAAGGUGGCGCGGUGGUGCUUCGCUUUCGUUUCCCCGCGGGGCUCUCUCUUUCCUCCUGGCGAUAACAGCAGUCGGGCCUUCGGUUUUGAUCCACUCGUUCCCCAAUGGGCCGGCCCCUGGGCGGCUUCUUAAGACGCUCCCGGUUUCGUUUCUCCUCAUGCUGCCCCGCAGCGCCGCUGGGUCCCUCCGGCUGCUACGGUUAACCAUGGAUAAGCUGCUCUCUGCGAACCAAGAGGGCUGGCUGGAGCGCUGCUUCGUGGCCGAAUCGUCAGGGGCGGAGGUUUACUAUUUCGCCCUGAGCGGCGCCGGAGAGCAGCCAACCAACCCCGCGAGGCCCCGGUGCUUUUUGCCCCCUCCGGGUAGAUGCUAUUCCUUCGGCGUCCCCGUGGCUCCAACCCCGCGGGAGCGCGUCCGGGCCGCUCGGCUGCAACGGGCUUUGCAGCGCCGGCUGGAGCAGGCGCCUUGGGGCUCUCGGGGCCGCGUCCUGCCGCUCCUCUGCUACAGCCGUGGCGGAGCUCUGCUAGAGAAGGGCUUCUUGAUUCAGGACGAGCAGAGCCUGCCGGAGACGCGGGCCUUUUUGGAAGAGCUCGUGGGGGGCCUGCUGCUCCCAGCGCCCGCCCACCUGUGUGUGUACGAGCAAGGUGAAGGCGGCCGGCUUGGCUGCGACUUGUGGGGCUUUAAGGGAAAGGAGAGGGAGCUGCUGAGCAGAGCUAACGUGGUGGCCGCGGAAGAAGCGGAAUUCCACCCUGCCGUUCCUCACCUUCUGGGCAACACCGUGUUCAGGUCUCGGGAAGCUGCCCGACAAGUGCUGGAAGAAUGCACUUCAAUAAUUCCUGAAUCUAGACUGAUUCUAGAACUCGUGGAUAAGUGUCCUAAACAUCCAAAUAAAGGAAAUUUUCCUGUAAUUGUUAUUGAAGGACUAGAUGCAACAGGCAAAACAACAGUGACUCAUUUUUUGAAAGACUCACUGAAUGCUGUGCUCUUGAGGACUCCUCCACCUUGCGUUAGCCAGUGGCGGAAGAUUUUUGAUGAUGAACCACCACUCAUACGGAGAGCAUUCUAUGCACUGACUAACUACAUUGUGGCUUCUGAAAUUGCCGAAGAAUCCUCUAAGUCACCGGUGAUUCUAGACAGAUAUUGGCAUAGCACUGCAGCAUACGCAAUUGCAACUGAAAUAACUGGGAACGUGCAAAAUCUUCCUCCACCUCAUCACCUGGUGUAUCGCUGGCCUGAUGAUCUUCCGAGUCCAGACAUUGUCUUGCUGUUGACUGUUAGCCCUGAAGAAAGAGUCCGGAGGCUACAGGGACGUGGGAUUGAGAAAACAAGAGAAGAGGUGGAUUUGGAAGCGAAUGAUGUCUUCCGUCAAAAAGUUGAAGAGUCUUACAGAAGAAUGGAAAAUCCAACAUGUCAUAUCCUUGAUGCCAAUCCUCCUAAAGAAGAUGUUGCCAAAGCUGCUCUACAUUUGAUUAAAAAUCACUGCCAUUUCCUAUAGCUGUUUGUGUAUACACUAUUGUCAAUAACUAUCAGAAUCAAAAUUUCCCAAAGAAAACAGGUGUUGAUAUUUUCUGAACAAGUGAGAAGCACAAGGCAUAUGCAAGACAAUAAAUAGUUUUUCAUAUGGACAAGCUAAUUUUUAAAAUAUGUAAUCAUAUUGAAAUGUAUUACUGCUAAAGGAAUGCAAUUGUUACUCUUCAUAACUAAAAACAAAAUAUGUACACGCACAUUCAUGAUAUAAACUUUGAUUGUAUUGGCACUAAAUUUGUGUAGAUUUUCCAGAAUAUUCUCCUUGUUCUCAGAUUGAAUUAACUUUGUGACAAUAUCACAUAGACAAAUUAUAUCAAGUCUUUAAUGAGGGGCUUAUCAAAAGUUAGACUAAUUAAGGACUUGAACGUGAAUUACUAUGAUCACUGGAGGUAAAAUUCUGAAUUGAAAUGAAAAAUAAAUGGUUUCUA